UAUAUAAUAUGAAUUACAUCCUCCGCGCUUUGUGUCUCCCGCAUUCUUCUUAGUCUUGCUUUUUUCCCUCAUCUUCCGUUUUGUUUCUUAUUUACCGUUGCAUUGCCUUUUCUUUCUCGCGACUCAGCAGAUGAAGUGACGUGCUCUGUUGCAUAUUCCAGCAGAUUAUUAGGAGCGGUGGAGAUUUGAAACAUUUGAUUAUUAGAAAGAAUGGGGUUUUCGGAUCUAUUUUCCGUUGCUUCUAUACCAGUUGCAAAGACACUACUUUUGACUGCACUUGGCUCUUUUCUUGCUCUGGAUCAAAUAAAUGUUUUGGGGGAAAUGGCACGGAAGCAAUUGAAUGAAUUAGUGUUUUUUGUGCUUAAUCCAGCACUAGUGGGAAGCAACCUGGCUAAAACAAUAACCUCCGAAAGCUUUGUUUUGUUGUGGUUCAUGCCGUUCAAUAUCCUUGGUACAUAUAUUAUUGGCUCAGUACUAGGGUGGAUGCUGAUAAAAUGUACUAGAGCCCCUCAACAUCUAAAUGGCCUCAUAUUGGGUUGCUGCGCCGCAGGGAAUUUGGGAAAUUUGCCUUUAAUUAUCAUACCAGCUGUCUGUAGAGAGAAAGGCAGUCCAUUUGGAGCUCCUGAAAUCUGCUAUAAGUAUGGAAUGGCUUAUGUUUCACUUUCUAUGGCGAUAGGAGCUGUUUAUUUUUGGUCUUAUGUUUACAACAUUGUGCGCGUUUCUUCAAAUAAGGUCAACAAUGAGGACAACAGAGAGGAGUUCCCUAGCAAGAUAAACUGUGCUGAAGGAACAACAAAAUUACUUCAAGAGGAUUACACAGAAGCUCCUCUUGUUUGCACAACGACAGAAGGAAUUGAGAAGGUACAAAUACUAGAUAAGACCAAGCAAAGUUCAAGGUUUAUCUCAAAAGAGCUCAAUCUGAAGGCCAUAUUUUCACCUUCAACUAUUGGAGCGGUUGUUGGAUUUCUCAUUGGUGUAGUCCCCCAAAUUCGAAAUUUAAUGAUCGGUAGUGCUGCUCCUCUUCGUGUGAUUGAAGACUCUGCUUCUUUGCUGGGUGAUGCAUCCAUUCCAAUUGUCACCCUUUUAGUGGGAGGAAAUCUUCUUAGAGGCUUAAAAGGGUCAGGUAUUGAGGGGUGUGUUAUAGCUGGAAUUAUAGCAAUUCGCUACAUAGUCCUGCCACUGAUGGGCAUUGUGAUUGUAAAAGGUGCAGUCCAUGUUGGUAUGGUUCACUCAGAUCCAUUAUAUCAAUUUGUUCUUCUUCUACAAUACGCAGUUCCACCAGCAAUGAACAUUGGAAGUGUUACCCAGUUGUUUGGAGCUGGAGAAAGUGAAUGCUCUGUGGUUUUGUUGUGGACAUACACUCUGGCAUCAGUUUCACUUACGUUUUGAUCAACCAUCUUCAUGUGCUUAGUGGGUUGAUGUUGUGUCCAAAGUUCAGAAAGUCACGCAGCUGCUAAAGCAUAUUUCAAUUCGAAAAUCCUUAAUGUACUAGUAAUUAAUAAUCCGGUCUGCGAUCAGUGAGUUUACAGCACUUGGAUGGAGAUAUCAGGGAAUGCAAUCUCGGCAAGUUCAUCUCCCUUUGUACUGCUGUAGCGUUGUGCUAUUUUGGUUUAUAUUUCAUUCUUUUUCUGGAUCAGUUUGUCAAUAAAGUAAUAAAUAAUGCCAUUUAGGGGC